GCCAGAAGCGCCAUGGCCCGGUGAGUGUCCUCUGCCCGGCUGGCCAGGUUCUCUUCCCGUGUCCCCGGGGAGCCCAGAAUCCCAGGACUUGGCACCUCGAGUUAGUCUGGUUUCACUGAGCCCAAGGCCCCCCAGAUCAGAAUGUGGGAGUCGGAGAGUGAGUGGUUUAGCCAGAAGCUGAAAUCUGUGUUUCCGGGACUUUUCACCGUCGUCUCUCAUCUGCUCUUCUUUCCGGGUGGCAGGAGUCAGGUCUCCCCCAUAGCCCCGCUUCAUGACUGACCCAGCCCCUUCCCCUGCCACCUCCUCCCCAGACAGCACGCCCGGACAUUGUGGUAUGACCGUCCCAAGUAUGUGUUCAUGGAGUUCUGUGUAGAGGACAGCACCGACGUCCACGUGCUUCUGGAGGACCACCGUAUUGUUUUCAGCUGCAAGAACGCAGAUGGGGUGGAGAUGUACAACGAGAUCGAGUUCUACGCCAAGGUGAACUCCAAGGACUCGCAGGAUAAACGCUCCAGCCGCUCCAUCACUUGCUUCGUGAGAAAGUGGAAGGAGAAGGUAGCCUGGCCCCGGCUCACCAAGGAAGACGUGAAGCCAGUGUGGCUAUCUGUGGACUUUGAUAACUGGAGAGACUGGGAAGGGGAUGAAGAGGUAGAGCUAGCUCAAGUGGAACAUUAUGCAGAGCUCCUGAAGAAGGCCAGUACAAAGGGACCUCCACCUGCCAUGGAUGACCUAGAUGAUGACUCGAAUGAUGAAGACAUGACAGGAACUUAAGCAACAUUACAGAAGAGAAUGAACAUGCAAUUUUCAUCCCUCCAUAUUUCCUUCCCACCUGUGUAAAUCCAUGUACAUUUUUGAAGAGUUGUAAUCAUUGUGUAUUUUGUUUUUGUCUAUUUCUUAACAUGAUUUCACAUACACUA